GAGAAAACGGAGCAAUCGAGCGGAGCGGCUGAAGCAGGCGAGCCAGGGCUAUCACUCAGCUCUACUCGUCUGGACUAUCCGGGCUAACUUUAGCUACAUGUGCUGAGGUCGAGGGGGAAACUGAUCUCAACCGCAACAAUGCCGACAGUUACUUUACCGCCGAAAGAGAACGCUCUCUUCAAGAGGAUUUUGCGAUGUUACGAACAUAAACAGUACAGAAACGGGCUCAAGUUCUGCAAACAAAUCCUGUCCAACCCCAAGUUUGCAGAGCAUGGAGAGACCCUGGCAAUGAAGGGCUUGACCCUGAACUGUCUGGGGAAAAAGGAGGAGGCCUAUGAUCUGGUGAGAAGAGGCCUGCGCAACGACCUCAGGAGCCAUGUCUGCUGGCACGUUUACGGCCUACUGCAGCGCUCGGAUAAAAAGUAUGACGAGGCCAUCAAGUGUUACCGCAACGCUUUGAAGUGGGACAAGGACAACCUGCAGAUCCUCCGAGACCUGUCCCUGCUUCAGAUCCAGAUGAGAGACCUGGAGGGCUACCGGGAGACACGGUACCAGCUGUUGCAGCUGCGUCCAGCCCAGCGGGCUUCCUGGAUUGGCUACGCCAUCGCUUAUCACCUUCUGGAAGACUACGAGAUGGCUGCUAAGAUCAUUGAGGAGUUCAGGAAAACACAACAGACGUCUCCAGACAAAGUGGACUACGAGUACAGCGAGCUGCUGCUGUACCAGAACCAGGUGCUGAGGGAAGCAGGCCUGUACAAGGAGGCCCUUGAGCAUCUGUCCAACUAUGAGAAGCAGAUCUGUGACAAACUGGCUGUGGAGGAGACACGAGGAGAGUUGUUGUUGAAGUUGGAACGUCUAGAGGAGGCAACAGAGGUCUACCGUCGUCUGCAGGAGAGGAACCCAGAGAACUGGUCUUAUUACCAUGGUCUGGAGAAGGCCCUAAAACCAAGCAGCGUAGAGGAGAGACACAAGAUCUAUGAGGACGCCUGGGAGAAGUUUCCCAAAGGACUGGUACCUCGUCGACUGCCCCUCAACUUCCUCUCUGGUGAGAAGUUCAGAGAGUGUCUGGACAGGUAUCUGAGGAUGAACUUCAGUAAAGGCUGCCCGCCUGUCUUCACCACACUCAAAUCACUGUAUAACGACAAAGAAAAGGUGGCAAUAAUAGAGGAGUUGGUGGUCGGCUAUGAAACCUCAUUAAAAAGCUGUAGAAUGUUCAGCCAGAAUGAUGACGGAAAGGAAGAACCACCAACCACCUUGCUCUGGGUGCAGUACUUCCUGGCACAGCACUACGAUAUGAUUGGCCAACAGACACUGGCUUUAGAAUACAUCAAUGCAGCCAUUGAUAGCACCCCCACACUCAUUGAACUCUUCCUUAUCAAAGCCAAGAUUUACAAGCAUGCUGGGAACAUCAGAGAGGCCGCUCAGUGGAUGGAUGAGGCCCAGGCUCUGGACACUGCUGACAGAUUCAUCAACUCCAAGUGUGCCAAGUACAUGCUGAAGGCUGGCAUGAUCAAAGAGGCUGAGGAAAUGUGCUCCAAGUUCACACGGGAGGGAGCAUCAGCAGUGGAGAAUCUGAAUGAGAUGCAGUGUAUGUGGUUCCAGACUGAGUGUGCACUCGCCUACAAAGCUAUGAACAAGUUUGGGGAGGCUCUCAAGAAGUGCCACGAGAUCGAGAGGCAUUUUGUGGAGAUCACAGACGACCAGUUUGAUUUCCACACCUACUGCAUGAGGAAGAUGACACUACGCUCCUAUGUGGACCUACUGAAGCUGGAGGACGUGCUCCGGCAGCAUCCCUUCUACUACAAGGCUGCCGUCACCGCCAUCCAGAUCUACCUGAGCCUCCACGACAAUCCCCUGACUGACGACAGCAAGGAGCUGCAGGCCGACACUGCGAACCUCUCGGACAAAGAGCUGAAGAAACUGAGGAACAAGCAACGGAGAGCCCAGAAGAAAGCCCAGCUGGAGGAGGAGAAAAAGAACGCUGAGAAGGAGAAGCAACUAAAGAAUCAGAAGAAGAAGAAGGAGGAUGAUGACGAGGAGAUUGGAGGGCCCAAAGAGGAGCUUGUUCCUGACAAACUAGUCAAAGUAGAAAAUCCACUGGAAGAAGCUGUCAAGUUCCUGAUGCCUCUCAAACACCUGGUCAAAGACAAAAUUGACACACACCUACUGGCCUUUGAGAUCUACUUCAGGAAAGAAAAAUACCUGUUGAUGCUUCAGUCAGUGAAGAGAGCCUUGGCCAUUGACCCAGACCACCCAUGGCUACACCAGUGUUUAGUGCGCUUCUUUAAGGGAGUUUCGGAGAGCAAGGAGCUGCCAGAGGUGGUCAGGACAGUGCUGAAGCAGGAGAUCACCCGGCUGUUCGGAGACAGCAAUGCUAAGAGCUUCAACCAGGCCUACCUCACCAAGCACUCCAACUCCAUACCACACCGACUGGCUGCUGCUAAGAUGAUGGUGUAUCUGGACUCAUCAACAGAAACAAAGGCAGCAGAGCUGGCCACUGCGCUAGAUGAGUCACUCAACAACAGAACCAUACAGAUCUGCACGGAGGUCCUGGAGUGUAUUCGGAGCGGCGCCCUGGGCGACUGUAAAGAGCACGUGGAGGCGUACCGCGCCGAGUGUCACAAGCUUUACCCAUACACGUUAGCUUUCAUGCCCCCUGGAUAUGAGGAGAACACCAAGAUCGCCAAUGGAGAUGUCUCCACAGAAACGGAGGAGCUAGCCAACGAAAUGUGAGCGUGACAAAACAGCCAGCGGAUGAGAAAAGGAAUUGGGCCGAGCACGGAGCCUUGUAGUACGCCUGGCAGCCAUUUUGUAGAGCCAAUCACGGGAAGCGAAAAUGGGUGUUUCGUUCUUUGGCUCGUCUCAAUCGGGUCUGACAUGGCUUGACUUGGCUCUCUCCCACAUGGUGAAAAUCAGGACUGUGUGUGUGUGUGUGUGUGUGUUUUUGUGUGUGUGUGUGUUUUGAGGGCGUGUAUGUGUGUGAGUGCAUGUGUGUGGCUGUGUAUAUUUGUGAGGGGGCGGGGGGGGCGGGGAGGGAGAUAACAGAAUGGCCAUUUUACUUUUUUAAUCGAGCUGACAACCAUGCUGAAUAUGAAAAUAAACAAUAGCUAAUGGCAAACUGUUGGGAUGAACUGUGACACGGACUGUCAGUUUCCUCAGACGAUCAAUAACAGUGACAGCAACCACUCGAGUCUGACUCAGUGCUGCUUCAACACAGACCUGUCGCAUACUGUGUUCCCCUUAUUUUAAAAGAAAAGCUAAUUUAAAAGAAAAUAGGACACAACUGUCACUGGGGGAUGGGAGACUGAGCUGAGUGGAUCUGAUCCCUGACAGAUCUGUAGGAAGCUGAGCAGGAGGAGUUACUGAGGACCCUGAAGUAGACACCGAGGACAUCCAACGACCACAGGUGUUAUCUGUAUCUACUGUAACGCUCCAGUAAACCGCAGAUCUACAUGUGGCAGUGCAGUGUGAGGAAGGCCCAAUCUCUGCGGGGGCCACAGCACGGACAAAGUGGAGAAAGUGGCCUCACAUGUGAACUUUUUUUUUUUUCUUUGGUCAGACUGUGCUUCCCUCACUGUUCCUGGUUCAACAUAGGAAUAUGUAAUCCUCCUGUCUAUUAUGGAGCACCUUGUAGCACAGAAUAAAAACUGUAAAGAUUGUGUGUUGUGCUCCAUUUCAAAUACACUGCUACUCUUAACCUUUUUACAUAGUUCUGAGAGAGUUGGAUAGAUCUAAGCAAUACCAUAGACACCCUCCUGUCUUUAAUGGGUCAGUGGAACUCUUAAAAUUGAUGAUGGUCAUUUCUAGGUCUGGUUGAAGUGAUUACACUGAGCCUUCUGGCAGAGUCACUGGUGUUGCUGCUCUCGUCACUUCUAGAAAAGGUUUUAUCUGCAUGAACACAGAGACUCUGACAGUGGAAGUGGAAACGAGCCUCCAGUACAUCUUACUUCAGAGGGCUCUUCUCUGCUAAUGAAUACGGCUCCUCUAAAGGUCAGAGUUCAGCAAUGAAGCCCGUUGCCUGACGGUGACACAAGUGCAAAUGUUACAAGGCGUGUCAAAUGUAUGAGCAUCUGCAAUUUAUUUUAAUUCUUUUGUUCUCCAUUUUUUUCCCCAAUAAUCUCUUUUCUUCCCCCUUUUCCUCUAAUUUGGGAUCUAAUGUGAAAGAUGAAUCGGAGAUGGUGAUGUAUGAUAUCUCUGGAAUUUUGUAUUAAAACCAAACGAAAGAAAACAA